AUGCCUGUGCCAUUUGAGCACCUGCUGGGAUACUCACUCCAGAAUGAAUGGAGAAAAGGAGGAAAUAUUGACCUUAAUGGCUUUGGGGUGUUGAAGACACACAAUCUCGAUAUUCCGGUGGGAACAGUAUUAGUAAGAAUUGCAACAUCCUUGGAGCAGUGUUUGUUUUUGAAAACAGCUGCGUCGAGUUUGGAGAACCGAGGCUCUCUUUGUGUAAAGUUGUGCUCAAACGCAUCUUACCCAUUCACCUCGGAACAGUCCAGAGACGAUGAUUAUUUCAGCAACAUAGAGAGAAAGAAGUGGGUUUCAAAGACUGGUCUCACCACCGAGGAUAAAUUUUGGGUUCUGGAAGAGACGAAUCGAUACUUCAUCCACGAGCCAUCCCCUCCAGCAUCUUCAUCCGCAGAUCCUGACGGUCUUGACCAGGCUGCCAAUACUGCAAAACAAGAUGAAGACACCUUUGAUUCCCAAGCUGUCGCUCCCAAGAAGGGAGUUUAUGUUUGGGUAGAUGUGACAGAAAUUCGGCAAGUGUAUGCAAUUAAUGGUCUAGGUCCCAACACUGAGCCCGUGCAACUAGAAGAAAUUGACAUAUCCCAUCACAUAAUGGCUCCAACUGCCGGUCUCGGAGAAACGAUCAAACUUGAACAACGCAUUUUGGACAACCCCCCUCUUGACACAUGCAUUCGCUUCACUACUCGAGCUUAA